UUUUUUCAGAUCACAGUGAAUGCUCUUAUUAAGCGGGCAUCGCUUUACUUGCAGUCCGAUGAGAGGGAAAAAACAUUCUUAGACUUUGAGAUGGCAGAAGAACUUGACCCCAACAAUCCAGAUCUCUACUUACAUCGAGGACAGAUGUAUCUUCUCACUGAUAAUACUGAAAAUAGCAUCAAAGACUUCGAGAAGUGCGUCAGCCUGGACCCUAACUUUGCCAUUGCAGUGAUGCAAGGUCACUACGCUCACUAUCGCCAAGCUGUCUCGCAGAACAGCAUGAGCGGCAUUAACAGAGUCAUUGAGAAGUUCAAGCGGGAUCUUCGCAAAUUCCCUAAGUGCACUGAAGCAUACAUUUUACUUGCUCAGAUUCUCAUGGAUCAGCAACAGUUUGAUGAUGCAGACAAAUAUUUCCAGAGUGCCAUAGACAUUGAUCCGGCCAAUGCUACUUUGAGAGUUCACAGAGGAUUGCUCCAAUUACAAUGGAAGGGAGAUAUUGAUACUGCAAUGAAAAUGAUCAGUGGAGGCAUUGAAGUCGAUGACCGAUGUUCAUUCUGUUACGAAACACUAGGAACCAUUGAAGUUCAAAGAGGUAACCUAAAACAAGCAGUGGAACUGUUCAACAAAGCCCUGCCACUGUCCAAGACAGAGCUGGAACUUGCACACCUCUACUCACUGCGAGAUGCUGCCGUGGCCCAGCAGAUUGCUGCCGACAGACUUGGUCUCACAUCACUUAUCGGCACAUAAGUUGUGUCUUUGUCAUUGUUUUGUUGUCAGACUGUUAUAUUGUUUGGUUCUAUAAAAACCAAUGAAUAAUGCUCUAGGAUUCCAUCGGUAUAUAUACCAUAUUGUUUUAGAUUCAACUCAUAGUAACCUAAAAUUGUUUGGUUUGUAUUUCAUAUUGUGAACUUUCAGUGAACAUAUUGUAUAUCCAAUAAUCUAAUUAAAGAUUCUCGGCUACUUUUUAUACUAUAUCAUCAUUCGCACUUAUUCAGAUUUCUAAUAAAAUUCAAAUAGUACCAAAUGCUACAAAACAUAUUUUUAGAGCAUCGGUUUCUCACUGUAAUGAAAAUUUACAAUAUUAAUUAUUUUUAUAUCUUCUUUAUUAUGAAAACUUGUUAGAAGACAUCCCUUUCUUUAAUGUGUGUUUAAAUUUAACUUUUUUCCCUAUAUUUAUAAAUUAUUGUAUUGUCCCAUUCUUAAAAUUUAUUUAUUAAUUUAUAAUUUCUUUACCAUCUUUUUGCAUUUAUUUUAUAUUUUUAAUAGAACAGUAUUUAUUGGAAAUUCCUAUAAAUUGUUUUAUUUGUCCACUGUCCCUAAUUUUAAUAAAGUUUUGUAAUGUUUUACUGUCUAUUAGUAUGUUUAUCACUCUUCUAUAAUUUAACAUUACGGUAGUUUUAUUAUUAUAAUUGAUGUUUUUCUAUUCGGUAAAUUAACUUUAUUUUUCAUUCAGUCUUAAGUUAAAUAAGUAAAACUCCUACCUCAAAUUUUGGUCUUACACUUAAGUGAUAACCUUUUAAGAAGAUGAAAGAUCAAUUAAAGAUUGAAUUAAUAAUAUGAUUACUUUCGUCAAAAUAUCCUUGUUUUUAUUUUAAUACAAAAAUGUAUAGGACUGUUUGUUUUGAAGAUUCUUUUUCAUUCAUUUGUAGUAGAUUAUUUUUUGUUGUUUUUUUAUCCAAAUUAUCUACCAAAACGUUGUAGCCACAUCAACAUUGUUCACUCAAGUAACAUUACUGACUGUUGCUUGAAAACUCACAUGUAAAUAAAUCACAAAAGAUAACAACAGCAUAUUUAUCUAAUCAGUUGGUAAGUGGAUUAACACACCACACGGUACUGUAUUUUAUAUUUUUCUUUUACAAUGUCAAGUAGUUAAAAUUAAUAAACAUGGUAAACUUUUUCUGAAAUUAUUGCAUUGUCAAGAAUUUCUUGGAGCAUUGCCAAACUAAUGUGUGCAACUCCUUAUGUCCAACCAAAUGUGACACAAAAUUGGACAUUUACAUUGAUCUAUAUCAUAUCAUAAAUUUCCUUUAUGAUCCAUUCCCCAAUGCCUCAUGUACCCAAUUUACUCCUUUGAAUAUGAGGGUGCUCAAGAGAAGCUGAGCCCUUCACCAAAGAAUCUAUUUAACCAGAGACAUUCUGGCUAACAUUCCCAUUUUCAUUAUUAGGUUUGGGUUGGUUCUGCAAUAUAUUUUGCAUCCUGGUUCUACUGACUAUCUGAAAUAUUUUUAAUUACAUAAAUGUAUUCAAGAAAGUCCCGUUACUGAACAUUGAUAUUUGUAUUGAGGAUUUGACAUGGAUAUUAACCCUUCGUGGACAGUUAAUAUCUGCAAAAUAUGUUUUUCUGGCACAUUGUUAUGUAAAGGUUAGUGUAUGAUAUUAAAUUUACAACAAAUAAUUUUUUACAGUUUGGUGGCAAUAAAAAGGCAAGCUAAUUUAUCCGACUCCACUGUUGCCAAUGUACAAAACAAAUAUUACUAACAAUAAUCAUUCAAUUCUUGUUUCAAAAGUGUCCAUUUAUAUAUUUGUAAAUUACCUCUGAUAAACACGGUUUUACAUUUAAAAUAUUAGUUGGAAUGGCUUCUGUGUUUUUGCAGACUUGUCUGCAAAUUAUCUCUGAAGAUUGUAACUUUAAGCGAAUAUAUCCAUCAUCUGCUACAAACAUGGUAUGCAGCAGAUAUAUCUGUAUCCGUCUGCGAAGGGUUCAUCUCUCUAUACGAAAUCAGUAUAGUUUUCUAGUUGCUACCAAUACAAUAACUGUUUACCAGGCAUUGUAUAUUGAAUCACAUAUAGCUGUUUGAGAAUACUGUUAGCUUUAGUACCGCAUGCAUUCUGUGCCCACAAAUGUCCACAUGAUCUAAGCCUAGUAAACAAAAAAUUCAAUGUUUAGUUAUUAUAAUAGUAUUUUAUAUUUAAUUGUAAUAACAAUGAAAUUUUCAAAUGUAUGAUCUAUGUAAACAGAUAUAUGAAGAAUCACACGCAUGUUCCUGUUUGGCGUUUGAGUUUAUAAUAUUGCUGCAUGUUGUGACUCAUAGGCAACCCUUCUCCAUUUUCUGAUUAUUUGUGUUAUACUGUCUCAAGAAACCAAAUGAAGUUGCAGCUAAGUCCGUGAUAUUACGUUCCUCAUUACAAACUAAGAUUCUUAACUACUCAGAUGUGUUAAAACAGGAUAAAAGUUACUGAUAUUUAGAAACUUCUGUGCUUAUUAAAUCUAUGACUCUCAAUUAUGUACUCUUCUUCAGAACAAAUUGGAAUUUCGCUGUCAGCCUGGUGUUCAAGGUUUGAGCAUUUGUUAUAUUUCUAAGAUUAUCCCUAUCUGUUUAUAAAACUUGAUUACCUUUGAUUAUCCUAUUAUAUUGAGAAGAUGUUUGAUAAAGUUUUACCACUUUGUAUGUUUUGUAUAUUUUUGUUUAAUGGCUGUUAAAUAUUAUGGCAACGUUAUUAGUUUUUUUUUUCUUGUAAGAGUCACUUCAAGUAAUAAUUUAGUGGUUGGUAAACUUCUUGGCUGUGUUUUGUAAAUUAAAAUUCCAAGUGUUUGAUUAAUGGUGAGAAGUGAAUGAGUAAUCAAUAAGGAAAGUGUAUUAUAACACAAAACAAUAUUUCUAUUUCAAGUGUUAUAGAAUAAUCAUAUUUGAACAAAGGCAAAUGGUCUGCAUUUAUAAAAGUGAUAUUGAAUUAGGUUCUCUAAUAAAUAUACGUAAAAUUUUUGAACAAUACAAUAUAUUAUACAAGUGAAUGUUUGUAGAUAAAAUUAAUUGUAAGCCCAACAAAAAUUAAUUAAAUGAUUGAUAUAAGUUAGAAUUUUUUCUAGAUUUCUACUUAUCUUUGUACAUUUAUAAUAUUAUUGAAUUUUUGUAAUGGUUUUACAGAAGCAAUAUAAUAUGUCAAGUCAUAAAAAGUCACCCCACUUAAAAAUUUUUACAAUUAAAAUCAACUAACCUUUUGAGGACUGUGACUAAAAUUUCUUUACAAUCUUACCAAAUUUUUUUUAUGUUAUUAAAUGCAUCUGGCACAGCCAAAGAGCACUGUGCCCUUAACGAGCAAUUUGCAGGAAUUUAAGAAAUAAUUAAUAACUUUUAAGUUAUAAAAAAAUGUAUUUAUAGUUGGUUUAGUAACAUAUAUCUAGCCAUUAAGUGUAGUAGAUGAAUAACCUGCCAUGCUUCUUCACACUAUGGAGGGAAUAUAACAAAUAAUUUUCCCUUCAUUUCUAAGUUUGCUUCACUGUAGCAUAAAAACAAUAACAACAAAUUUGUACUGUUCAAUGUUGUAUUUUUUACAUUUACAAGUACAUUUGAAGAACAUUGAAGUAUACAACAUUAUAUUUUAAUUGGACAACUAUUAAAAAACUAGUUAUUUUGGUAACUAGAAAUACACUGAUUAUGAUAAGUAGUACUUACAGUUGCACGUUGAGAAAAUCAUGAGAUGCAAAAUAUAUGUCACACAAUCAUUUAAAGAAAAUAAAAAUUCAAUUUAAAAAAGACAGCAACUCAGUUUGGUUCUACUUAAUACAAUUACUGCUUAUUAAAUUAAAUAGCAUUCUUCUUGAAAUUUAUUUUGUGAGUAACAAGGAGAGUUGUUUAUUUCUAGUAUGUUUACAAUUUGUCACCACAUGAUCGGCAAACACACUUUCCGUUUUGCGAUAUAAAAUAUUAGAAUGAUCACAAUAAACUGAAAGACAUUCAAAAAAGGUUUCCAAGGACAUAGAACAAAUCUACUCAUGUAGUUGCAAAAAACAAUUGGGCAAUAUUUCAUUCAGCCUAGUUAUUUGCAGACACUACUAUGGACAAUACAUCUAUUGGUCCCUAUGAGGUUUAUCAAUCUGCUUAGACCAUAUUAACUCCUAGAAUAAAUCAUAUAUUGGGUAGUUAUGUAAAUGGUAAAAAAUAAAAAAACAAUGUGUUUGAAAUAUAACAAUAACCAGCGUUUUCGUAAUUGUCUUUCUUUGUUUUCACUCAAAGAAUUCAUUGGAUAUUUAAAAAAUUCAGACUUAAAAUAGAUAUAAGUGUAAGAAUGAACCGUGUUGUGCCAUAACUUUCCACAAGCAAGUAAGGAAUUGUUAAAUAAAAUUGAAAAUAUUGCACAUUAUCCCAAUAAUAUUCCUCAAAAAAAUUCUGAGAGUACACAUAGAAAUGUGUGCUGAAUGUUAAAAAACUUUUCUUUAUCUUUGAAAUGAAUAAGAAUAUUAUCUAUCCAUUCCUUAUCAUUCUGUUUUUUUUUUAGUUGAAUAAAAUAUUCAUAGGGCAAAAGAACCUCACUUUACACCAGUACAACAACUAAACACAUACACCAAUAUUAUUCUGCUUACUUUAAAUACAAUUUAUUUAAAAAAUGAUGCAGAAAUUUUAUUUGUUAUGUGAAAUAAAAAAAGGUAAAUCAAGUAUAAUGGUGUUGAAAUAAGAAAACUUUAAACUAUAUAUCUACAGGCCUAAAAAUGUAGACUUACAUUUAUCAAGUUUUAAUAAUAUUCAAUCCUUUGUAACUAUGUAGUUAUAUUGUUAAUUUAAUUGUAAUGGAGUAAAAAUGAAGUCUUUCCCACUUAUUCUAUUGCUAUACAAAACACAAUAAUUUAUGCGAACAAUUUGAAUUUUUUAGUAAGCCGCACAAAUGUUCAAUUAUUUGAAUAGUUCAUUUCAGGUUACAUUAAUUUGAAAUUUUUUUCAAUUUUAACCCAAAAACUUAAGGGUUUUGGUUACUUGUAAGUUGAUUAAAUUAACUUUUGAAGUGUGGUGAUUUAAGUGUUCAUUUUGUGAUAAAUUACAUAUCUCUAUUAAGAUGUAGUUCACAAUAUCAUUUUCUUCAUCCUUUCAAAGUUUAUCAUCUUUUUAAUUACAUUAUGAACUAUAUAUUUAGUUUACUCCUAAAGGCCCUAUAUGUUUGUAAUAUUUUAGUCAUUUCCUCAAAGCUUUCCUGGUACAGUAAAAAUUACUACUUCAUUUUUACUUAAAGAACUGAUAUAUUUAGUCAUAUUUUGUAGUUUUUCAGUAUGUAUAGUUAGUUUUGUUGAUAGUGUCAAGAGUAUAAAUAGACAUAGUCAAUUUUUGAUUUGGUUUUAAGUGCAAUUUAAGUUAGUUGUUUAAACAAAAUAAAAAUAUUAAAUUGUUCUCCA